UCCAUUCGUUCUCGGCGACGACGGAGGAGGCCUUUUGUACCAGCGUACGUAACAUUCGUGGCACUUCUUAACUUCAAUCUAUCACGACGCUUGAAACCCUCGCUGAAAGACGUGGUGAUGGGAAAGGAGAAAGUGUCCGCUAUGGAAAUUGACGAUCCAAAAUCGGCGAAUUCUGAUCAGAUCGUUCCCAAAUUCUCCAUUAACGUACUGCAGCUCUUAAAAUCUGCGCAAAUGCAGCAUGGCUUGCGCCAUGGGGAUUACACUCGCUAUCGGAGGUAUUGCACUGCUCGUUUGAGGAGGUUAUAUAAGUCGUUAAAGUUUACCCAUGGUCGUGGAAAAUAUUCAAAAAGAACCGUAACUGAGUCUACUGUCACUGAAGUAAGGUUUCUUCACCUUAUUCUCUAUUCGGCAGAGAGAGCCUGGAGUCAUGCCAUGGAGAAAAGGCAGCUUCCAGAUGGCCCAAAUGCACGUCAACGUAUCUAUUUGAUCGGUAGGUUGCGGAAAGCGGUAAAAUGGGCUACUUUGUUUUCACAAUUGUGUGCAGUCAAGGCAGAUUCUAGAACAUCACUGGAAGCCGAGGCUUAUGAGUCCUAUAUGAAGGGGAGUUUGUUGUUUGAGCAAGAUCAGAACUGGGAUGUGGCUUUAAUGAACUUCAAAAGUGCUCGGGCUGUAUAUGAGGAAUUAGGGAAAUAUGGAGAUCUGGAUAACCAAGUUUUGUGUCGGGAGCGAGUUGAGGAACUAGAACCUAGUAUCCGAUACUGCCUUCACAAAAUUGGCCAGUCAACUCUACAAGCCUCUGAGAUUUUACACAUUGGUGAUAUGGAAGGUCCUGCAUUAGACCUUUUUAAAGCUAAAUUAGAGGCCGUCAUGGCUGAGGCAAGAUCUCAACAAGCUGCUUCCAUGACAGAAUUCCAUUGGCUUGGCCAUAGAUUUCCAAUAUCAAAUGCCAAAACAAGGGUUGCCAUUUUGAAAGCUCAGGAGCUGGAGAAAGAUAUACAUAGUCCGUUGGCAGACUCAAUUCCAGCAGAUAAAAGACUUGUUAUUUUUGACAAAAUCUUUUCCGCAUAUCAUGAAGCCAGAGGCUAUAUUCGGGCUGAUUUGGCCACUGCAGGAAGUUCAGAAAGCGUGAAAGAUGAUUUGAAUGGUCUUGAUAAGGCUGUCGGUGCUGUCUUAGGAGAAAGAACCAUAGAGCGCAACCUCUUGUUGGUUAAGGUUGCAAAAAGUAAACUUGCAAAGCGUCAUGAUGAUAAAAAUGAAAAAGUCACCAAACCUGAAGAACUUGUUCGAUUAUAUGAUCUUUUGCUACAGAAUACAGCUGAUCUAUCCGAUUUAGUCAGUUCUGGAAGGGAUAAAAAGCCAGAAGAAGUUAACUUUGCAGAAGAGUGGUCAUGGAAAAGUUUGGCUUUUCGAGCAGAAAGGUGCUUUUAUGUUGCAAAGUCAUACAGUGUGGCUGGAAAGAGGGCUGAAGCUUAUGCUUUGUACUGUCGUGCUCGCAGUUUGGCAGAUGAUGCCUUAAGAAAGCUUCAAAUGUUAGAUGGUGAUAAUAAGACUAUGAUGAAAGAGUUAGUGGACUUGUGCACUGAGUGCCGAUCUAACAGUUGUAUAGAGCAUGCGUUGGGGAUCAUGGAGGAGAAGAGGACAAAAGAGAAUCUCUCCGAAGGGAUCUCUAAUAUAUCAUUGACUGGAGCUGAGCGGUUGGAGAAGUUCCUUCUUGAGAAACUUGAUGUUUAUGAGUCUGCUGUGGGUGAUUCAAAUGUGAAACGUGCACCUCGCAUCACAGACCUCCCUCCAGCUUUCCAGGCAAUUUCCCGAAAUCCUAUUGUUGUGGACCUGGCUUUUGACACGAUUGAUUUCCCACCUAUUGAAAAUAGGAUGAAGAAGGAUAGAAAAGCGAAGGGCGGCUUAAUGAGUAGAUUAUUUGGAUGAGUAUAUUUGAUUAGGUUUUAGGUUCUUCACGUUGAAAAAUUCUCGACUCUGAUCUGGUGGUUUCCUUUGUUGAAUAUUGUUAUGAAUUUUGAGAUGUUGGUAUAAAAAUUUUGGGUGGUCUAGAUAUUUGGAAAUUUACAGCGGAGAGAUUUUUCGGUAACUAUUUUCUCUUUGUCAUAACACUUGAUGUAAGUUGGGCGGGCUUUUACUUCUAACACUCGAUAGAAGUUAGCUUCAGCUAUUAUUUUUACAGUUAAUUCAUUUUGGAGAAAAAUAAGACAUCAAAAUGAGUUCCCUUUA